AUAACGUCAACGUCAAAGCCAUAACAAAAUUCACUAUUAUUAUUUUUAUUACAUAUAAAAUAUCAUGACAAAUGGUUAUCGUUAACUUACUUAUCGGUCGAGUAUACAUAUGCAUUAAAGUUGUGUAACCAAUGUCCUUCAAGAAGCUAUGAUAUAACUACUUGUUAUAUGUCAUUUUUCCGUUCAGUAUAUCGAAGGUUCAUUACCAUGAGCAAAUCUCAAGUUGUUUUUGUAUUAGGAGGCCCAGGUGCCGGCAAGGGUACGCAAUGUUCCAACAUAGUAUCCAAAUUUGGUUUUGUACACCUAUCCGCUGGUGAUCUGUUGCGUGCAGAAUGCAGUAAACCAGAUAGUAUGUAUGGUGAAUUGAUAAACACUCAUAUUAAGAAUGGUACAAUAGUUCCAGUAGAAAUCACAUGUAAACUUAUACAAAAUGCAAUGGAAUCAUCUUCGGCCAAUAGAUUUUUGAUUGAUGGAUUUCCACGAAAUAAGAAUAACAUGAUUGGUUGGGACACUACAAUUGGAGAUAAAGUCAAUCUUUUAUUUGUCUUAUUUCUAGAUUGUCCUGAAGACGUAUGUGUUGCUUAAAUUAUUUAUACAUUUUACCAUAGUACAUUUUUGUUGUUAUGUUAUAGAUUUGUAUAGAGCGAUGUAUAAAGAGAGGCGCUGCAGGAAGUGGCCGUACAGAUGACAAUUUAGAAAGUUUAAAAAAAAGAAUUGUAACAUUUGUAAAUGAUUCUAUGCCGAUUAUAGAAUAUUUUAACAAAAAAAACUUGGUUAAAAGAAUUGAAGCAGGAAAAAGUGUUGAAGAUGUUUGGUCUGAAAUUAUUGAAUUAUUCAAAGAUAUUUAAACACAAAACUACAAAUACAAAUUUAACUUAUUAUAUAAUUUUCUUAACUUGCUAGAUCAAAUUAAUUUUAUUAUUGCAUUGCAUAAUUUAUGUGAAAUAAUAUGUUGUAUUAUGUACAUUAGUAUUUUAAAAUAUGUGGUUAGAUUUUUUAGACUAUUUGAAUGAUUCAAUAAAACUAUUGUUUUAAAUAUGGUUAGACUAUACCAUUAACUAAAAUUGUAUUUGUUAUUUCCACUCCAAACUUAUUAAAAAAAUAAUAAAUUGUAUAUUUUAUGAUUGUUAUUAAAUAUAUUGUAUUUAUUCCACACAUAGAGAUUUGAGCAGAUGAUGUAAUUUGUUUAUGUUUAAAAUAAUAUACAUUCAAUUAUAGUAAAAAUAUUUUAUAAUGACAUUAAAAGAGAAAUUAUAUUUGAUCAGAUAUAUUGUAUUAAUCAAUAUACUAUUUUUUUCUUUUUUACCUUUUUAAUAAUGCACAAUACAACAAUUUUAAUUGUCUAAUUAAUUUGUAUUAUUAACUAUUACCCAAUAUAAUUAAAACUUAUUACUCCUAUUAUAUUUAAAUUGAUUGUGAAAAUAAUUUGUUUUAAUCAUAAAUGUAUUUAUGUGAA